AUGACGGCCAUCCUGCCGCAGCGCGCGAUCCCCUACGUUGUGCUAACCGGCGCCUUCUUGUAUAAUCUGAAUAUAGGAAUCAUCAACUCGUAUGGUAACCUGAAUAUCUACCUGACGUCUUACCUGAGACACAAGGGCCAAAAUGUAACCUACAGGGAUGUGUCUUUUAUAUACGAGUUGACGGUAAUCAUGCUGGGGGUGUCUAUGCUGAUUGGAAAUGUUGUGCAGAAGAAAUUAGGGGAGAGAACAACGAUACUGACUUGCUGCUUCACCAUUUUUGUUUCCUUUUAUUUGUCCUCAUUGUAUGCUCACUCGUACUUUAUGCUGUGUCUGUUCAUGGGGGGUCUGUACGGACUGGGCUAUGGAAUAAGUUUCACCAUUCCGCUUUCCUGUACAUACAAGCAUUUUAAAAAGAAUCGAGGGUUAGUCAGUGGAAUAGUCAUCUCUGCAAUAUCGUUGAGUCCAUUUUUAUAUUGCCCACUACAGACUCUGCUUAUAAAUAGAAACAACGUUUUACCUGUGGAGAGCAGUGGAGAUAGCAAUGGUGGACCCAGGGAACGUUACUUUGAAGACCCACAUGUACUCGGUAGAAUUCCCCAUGUGCUUUUCAUUCAGUCCGUUAUUUUUUUAAUUUUUGGCACAUUUGGUGCUUUUUUCGCAACGAUGGAAGUAAGGGGGGAUAAUGAAAAACAGCUUACCUGUGGUAAUCUCGAUGUAGGCAAUAAGAAAAGCAAACCGUUGGAUGCACAGGAUAGGAGCCUUACUGAUGUGGAGAGGAAUGACGAACCGAUGGGAAUUAUCACAGAGAAAAACAAGGGCAAUCAAAACGAUGUAACAAAUGAGGGAGAUAAUUUGGGGUCCCGACUAGCCAAAUCUUUUAAAAAAAAAAAAAAAAAUGGGAGCAGCGUUGAAGGAUGA